GUGACACGUACGGUCCUGUGGCCUUCGUUGGGGCACUCAGACCCCUUUCUGCAGGCAGUCCUCUCCCCUAGAAGCCCUGCUGGUUCUUUCUCUCCCCCAGGCCCCACACCUCUUAGCCCCACUGGGGUUCCCUUGGGUGGCAGGCUGAAGCCCAGCUAGCUUCCAGGCCCCGGGCCGUCAGCUGCACCGCCAGCCUCUUCACCCCGCCGGCUGCAAAGCUCCACUCUGAUCCCUGCUUUGAGACCCUGUUCCAGGACCACCUCCCCAGGGCACACUGGGGCAUCCUCGCGCUCCUGGGACCUGUGGCACACCCCGGCCUGUUUCCCCAUCAGUCACCAUGAAAGCUCUGUGGCCUCUGAGAAAAGGAACCCUCGGAGUCCCCGUGGGGGUGUCCGUGGACCCACACAGGAUGGACCCCUUCGCAGACACACUGCAGCGGCUGCGGGAGGCCUUCAGCUCGGGGCACACGCGGCCGGUCGAGUUCCGGGCCACCCAGUUGAAGGGCCUGGGCCGCUUCCUGCAAGAGAACAAGCAGCUUCUGCAGGAGGCGCUGGCGCAGGACUUGCGCAAGUCGGCCUUUGAGGGGGACAUGUCUGAGAUUCUCCUCUGCCAGAAUGAGGUUGACCUGGCCCUCAAGAACCUGCACACCUGGACGAAGGACAAGCCAGUGGCCAAGAACCUGUUCACUCAGCUGGACUCGGCCUUCAUCCGGAAGGAGCCCUUCGGCCUGGUGCUCAUCAUCGCCCCCUGGAACUACCCUGUGAACCUGACUCUGAUGCCCCUGGUGGGCGCCCUCGCUGCAGGGAACUGCGUGGUGCUGAAGCCCUCGGAGAUCAGCAAGAGCACGGAGAAGGUCCUGGCCGAGGUGCUGCCCCGAUACCUGGACCAGAGCUGCUUUGCCGUGGUGCUGGGUGGCCCCGAGGAGACGGGACAGCUGCUGGAGCACAAGUUUGACCACAUCUUCUUCACAGGGAGCCCUCGAGUCGGCAAGAUCGUCAUGACUGCUGCCGCCAAGCACCUGACGCCCGUCACGCUGGAGCUGGGGGGCAAGAACCCCUGCUACGUGGACGACAACUGUGACCCCCAGACCGUGGCCAACCGCGUGGCCUGGUUCCGCUACUUCAACGCCGGCCAGACCUGCGUGGCCCCCGACUACGUCCUGUGCAGCCCAGAAACGCAGGCGCGGCUGCUGCCCGCCCUGCAAAGCGCCAUCACCCGCUUCUACGGCGACGACCCCCGGGCCUCCCCCGACCUGGGCCGCAUCAUCAACCACAAACACUUCCAGCGGCUGCGGGGCCUGCUGAGCUGCGGCCGCGUGGCCAUCGGCGGCCAGAGUGACGACAGCGAUCGCUACAUCGCCCCCACGGUGCUGGUGGACGUGCAGGAGACGGAGCCGGUGAUGCAGCAGGAGAUCUUCGGGCCCAUCCUGCCCAUUCUGAACGUGAGGGGCCUGGACGAGGCCAUCGACUUCAUCAACCGGCGGGAGAAGCCCCUGGCGCUGUACGCCUUCUCCAACAACAGCCAGGUAAUAAACCAGAUGCUGGACCGGACCAGCAGCGGUACCUUUGGAGGCAACGAUGGCUUCGUCUACUUGACCCUGCCGUCCCUGCCCCUGGGGGGCGUCGGCAACAGUGGCAUGGGAAGAUAUCAUGGCGAGUUCUCCUUCGAUACCUUCUCCCACCACCGCGCCUGCCUGCUCGCCCCCUCAGACCUGGAGAAGAUCAAUGAAAUCCGCUACCCGCCCUAUUCUGGCUGGAACCAGCAGGUGAUCAGCUGGGCCAUGGGCAACCAGAGAUGCAGCAUUCUGUAAGCACCCUGCCCACCUUCAGGGCCCACCCCCUCGGGCCCCCCCACCCUGUCCUGCUGCUGCCCAGAUGCUCAGUUGUCCCUCAAAGGCAGGUGCACAAAGAUCUGGGGCUCUGUCUGAACAGACUCCUGGCCAGGCAGGACCUCUGGGCCACUGGUCCAGCCCCUUUCAGGGUCAAAGUCCUCCGUACAGCCUCCUGACAGAUUUUUUGACCCUCUGCUUGAAUACAUCUGGUGUCGAAGGACUCACUCCCAAGGCUGAGCCGCUCUGAUGGUUAGAAAGGACACCCUUGUGUCAGAUCUGUAAUUAAAUUUCCAAAACACAGAGUGA